AUGAGUGAGGAGUAUGAUGAGGCUCAGAUGGGCGAAGAGGGCGGCAUGCCUGGCCCUGGUGCUCCAACGCCACUCUCCGCGCUCGAGGGAAUUGCUGGUUUGACGAAGCGAGAUAUUCAGCUUGUCAUUGAUGGAGGCUACAACACAGUCGAGUCCGUGGCCUACACGCCGCGUCGAGUGCUGGAACAGAUCAAGGGUAUCUCAGAACAGAAGGCGACCAAGAUCCUGGGAGAGGCCUCCAAGCUCGUCCCCAUGGGCUUCACUACAGCCACGGAGAUGCACCAGCGUCGCAGCGAGCUCAUUUCUAUUACCACUGGAUCCAAGAACCUUGAUACUCUUCUUGCUGGUGGCAUUGAAACAGGUUCAGUUACUGAACUGUUUGGUGAAUUCAGAACCGGAAAGAGUCAGAUCUGCCACACACUCGCCGUGACUUGUCAACUACCCUUUGAUAUGGGCGGUGGCGAAGGAAAAUGCAUGUACAUCGAUACCGAGGGUACAUUUCGACCAGUCCGUCUACUGGGCGUUGCCAACCGAUUUGGCCUUUCUGGCGAAGAGGUCUUGGACAAUGUUGCGUACGCACGCGCUUACAACUCUGAUCACCAGCUUCAAUUACUCAACCAGGCUGCAGCUAUGAUGUGUGAGACCCGAUUUUCUCUGCUCAUCGUCGAUAGUGCGACAUCGCUCUACCGAACAGACUUUUGCGGUCGCGGUGAGCUCUCGAAUCGACAGACUCACUUGGCCAAAUUCAUGAGGACCCUUCAGCGUCUGGCAGAUGAAUUUGGCAUCGCGGUUGUCAUUACAAAUCAAGUCGUGGCUCAGGUCGAUGGUGGCCCAAGUGCCAUGUUCAACCCUGAUCCAAAGAAGCCCAUUGGUGGCAACAUUAUCGCUCAUGCCAGUACAACAAGAAUCAGUCUCAAGAAGGGUCGUGCGGAAACACGCAUUGCCAAAAUUUACGACAGCCCAUGCCUGCCAGAAAGUGAUACUCUGUUUGCCAUUGGCGAAGAGGGUAUCGGUGACCCGGCCCCAAAGGACAUGGAGAAGGAUUAG